CCAGACCAGCAGAGAGGAGACGCGCUCCUGCGCAACACUCACAGCAGACAGCAGCCCGCCGUUACCUCAAGAUCACAGCUCGCGCGCAUCUUUACCUUCCUCGGCUUUGCCAAAAAUAAAAGUCACAAAGUUUUGGAUUAAAACGAUACGGAACUCCAUUCUGCCUGUUUGUUUUAAGAAACGCCAUGCCAGGGUUUCAUUUACCUCAAACUCUGACAAACUGACAGUUUUGACAGCGCGUGCUCAGAUUCAAACCGUGUCUGCUCACCAACCGUCGCCUCGUUGAGAAAACCCGAUCUUUUGCGCCGCCAACGCGAUUACGCUGCUCAGCAAAUAGUGGCAAGAAGUCUGAAACCACAUGUGCUCGUCUCCAAACCGGAGAGACGCGGUUUCAUUUGUCUUCAGAGAGGAAAAGAGUUGGCUUUAAGCCGUACUGACAGACACAAGGGAAGGACGGUCUCGUGAGAGCGCUGGAGAAGACCAUUGGAAAUUCACGCGUUGCGUAAAAUUCACGUUUAUUCUUGGCACUGCUGUGGGAACAGUUGAAAUAAACGGGAGGAAAAUGUAGUCUUUAUGGAUGGUUAUCAGCAUAGCCACUUUUGACGCUAACCAUUCCCGGUGAAUGGCUCUUUAAACGCGGCGAAGGGGGGCGGUAGUUGUGGAGUAUACAGCAAUGCCAAGUUGAAGGGUCUCGACAUUGUCAGUACUGAUAAACGCUGAAGUGCCCAGCACCGUCUUUUUAUUAUCAUUUAUGGUCUUUUGGAUAUUUUUAAGCCUCUCCUGCUGGCAAAAAGUGGAGAGAAGUACUGAAUGAAGAUGACGCCUUGACUGGGAUAUUUACAUAAACCGCGGGUGCACGCGCUGCCAGUCACCUGCUCACAAAGGUAAACGCACCUUUACGCUUAAACACAAUUCAAAAUGAUGGCCAACGGACCCAACAUCGUCUACGAAUGGCUGAAAACCCUUCAACUGUGUCAGUAUGUCGAGGCUUUUGUGGAUAACGGAUACGACGACUUGGAAGUUUGCAAACAAAUCGGAGACCCGGACUUGGAUGCCAUCGGGGUUUUCAUUCCGCACCACCGCCAGCGGAUUCACGAUGCGGUGCAAAGGUUAAAAGAUGACGAUAAGGAGACGGCUACCGGGCUUUAUUUCACCCUGGAGCCGAUGCCCCCGGUUUCACCUAUGUACACGAGUCGCCUGGUAGAGCAACAUGAGUCUAGGCUGCGGGGCUCCAGGUCAUGGACUGAGCAGUGCAGUGACAGAGCCGCGCGCAGCGUGGGGUACAUGGGGGCGUCCAGGAAUCUGACGCUUGGGAACCGCAAGGAGCUGGAGAUCUACCCCAAACUGAAGCUGAAGAUAAUGAUCAGGGAUAAACUCAUUAGGGACGGGAUAAACCUCGCCAGGCAGCCAUACUCUAAUAAGAAAUCAGCUGUGGUCUGUCCCUUGUGGUUGAGGCAAAGAGCAGAUCUGUCCAACCCACACUCAAACACACAGGAUGGCUCUCUGGGUAAUAUAGAUGACCUGGCACAGGAGUACUCGGAGUACUACAAUACAUACUUCAGCGACGUCAGCGAUCGGAUGGAGGAACUACGCAAGCGGCAAGUCUCUCAAGAGCUAGACAUGGAAAAGGCAGACACCAGCUUGAAUUCUUCAGAGAUACGUUCAGACAUCCAGGAAUCGUUUGGAUUUAGCAGUGAGGUGUCUACUCCAGAGGCUGAAAGAAAAAUUCCUCUGCACAAAUCUAGCUCUGAGGAUGGAUCAGGAAAAUGGGACAACAAGAAGAAAAACAAAUCCUUCUGGCAGAACUUCCGAAAGUCACAGAAAGGGGUCACAAGGCAAACGUCAAAAGGAGAGGACAUUGGCUAUGUGGCCAGUGAGAUCACUAUGAGUGAUGAGGAACGGAUCCAGCUGAUGAUGAUGGUGAAAGAGAAGAUGAUCACAGUGGAGGAGGCGCUGGCACGGUUAAAGGAAUAUGAAAGGAACAGACAGUUGAGCAGCAGUACAGACACAGCAGAGUGGACUGAUGGAUCCAGUCCCACUGUUAACGUCUCCUCCGCCUGCAAUUCUGUGGAGCAGUCAGAUGAUGAGCAGGAAGACUCUGUAAAAUUCAAGAGGCUUCACAAGCUGGUCAACUCAACUCGACGUGUUCGCAAGAAACUCAUCAAAGUGGAUGACAGCAAAAGACAUGGCUCACAAGAUUCGCUUAGUCUGGAUGCAGCUCCCAUAUGCGAUGACAUAAAUGCACUGUAUGCAGAAAUCCACAAGAAGCCGGCCCAGUGCACAGACUCCUCUUUGUCCUCUCUUGCCCAAGAGCAGCUGUCUCUGGAUGGGGACACAGAUAGUCUGACCACUUCACCCUCCACCAGCAGCCUUGAUGCCUGGAAACCUGCUCACAACUUAGUGAAGACCCCCGGCGCACAUCCUCACGGCCUUAUCCGCCCUCCACGGAAGAGUAGCGCCGGAUCCGGACUGGGUGUAGUGGGGGGUAGUGGCUCCUCUUUCUCUGAAUUGGAGGGUUUGGGAGACGACAGUGCUAAAGUCUCCCGCUCAGCUACAGACGGAGAGAUGCGCAAGGCCUUAUCAUCUCUAUCUCACGGGGUAAGUACUGACAGCGUCUACGCUUUUUACGGCCUCACUAGGCCCCGCCCAAAGCCGCACCCCCUUCUGGUGUCUUUAGAUGACAUUAACAACACCAAGCGGCCGCCCGUCUCCAUGUGGCAGCGCAAUAAGCCUGACCCAAACUAUGCGUACUCCACCAAGCACCUGCUCUACCAACGUUCCUGCAACGCUCAGAAAACCAUCGCUCCAUCCUCCACCUUGCCUGCCUCCCCUCCCACUCGUGAGCUUCCGUUGGCCAGGGAGAAGGGGAAGAGCUGUGGGAGCGGAGUAGUGGGCAGCUGGCUGUUUCCACCAAGGCGUCUGAAGGGAAGGACUGCAGUUAGCGAGCUCAACAUCACGUACGUGGUGGAACGCAGCCUGUAUGGCCACUUGAACUGGACCGGGCUGGUUAGGCCCAUCACGUUGAGUAAAGCAGACAGGCGUUGGCUCCUGGAGGAUGAAAGAGACGCGAACAGGAAGUGGGCGUCCAGCAUGGAUCGCUGCACCAAGCGCGUGCUCUUACGCAUUCAGCAGAAGUCUAGAACGUGUAGCUUUGGAGGAUUUGACCUGUCUAAUCGUUCUCUCCAUGUGGUCAACGCGGCCGAGCCUAGCGAGCAGGAGGCUUUGUACAGGGAUGCUGUGAAAUCUCCCACCACAUCCCGCAUCUCUCUAGGGAAGAAAGUCAAGUCUGUCAAAGAGACUAUGAGGAAACGCAUGUCCAAGAAAUAUGCCGGGUCUCUCUCUGAACAGGUACAGUCCAGUCCAGAUGGGACGCCCAGUUGUCCUCAGUCUCCUCAGCCAGACACAGACUCUCUAGAGAAGCCCAAACUCAAGGCAGGAGGGUCUGUAGAGAGUCUCCGCAGCUCCCUCAGUGGACAGAGCUCCAUGAGUGGACAGACUGUGAGCACCACAGACUCAUCAGCCAGCAACAGAGAGAGUGUGAGGAGUGAGGAUGGUGAUGAUGAAGAGCCUCCGUACAGAGGGCCAUUCUGCGGCAGAGCAAGAGUUCACACUGACUUCACACCGAGUCCAUAUGAUACAGACUCACUCAAACUCAAGAGAGGAGAUGUGAUUGAUAUCAUCAGUAAGCCGCCCAUGGGCACCUGGAUGGGUCUGCUCAAUAACAAGGUGGGCACGUUUAAGUUCAUCUAUGUGGAUGUGCUGGCUGAAGAAGAGGAGAAGCCCAAACGAGCGGUUCGGAGGAGAAGGAAGGGCAGGCCGCCCAAGCCCAGCUCUGUCGAGGAGUUACUGGAGAGAAUCAACCUGAAGGAGCACAUGCCAACGUUCCUAUUUAAUGGGUAUGAAGACCUGGACACGUUUAAGUUACUAGAGGAAGAAGAUCUGGAUGAGCUCAACAUCAAAGACCCCCAACACCGCGCCGUACUGAUGACUGCUGUAGAACUACUGCAGGAUUACGACAGUAGCAGUGACCCGGAGCGCAGCGCCCUCUCUGGCUCUCAGGAGAAACUUCUCUGUGAGGGACGUGGCCUCAUGGCUGAUUCCCCACGGGACUCUGGUUGCUACGAAAGCAACGAAAACCUAGAGAAUGGUAAGAGCCGCAAGGCAUCGCGCCACAGCCGUGGUUCAUCUGGAUUUGAUUGUGGGGGUGUAAAGUCUACAGACUAUCCCACUCUUCCCAUGACUCGCUCCACUGAAGCUCUUCAGCAGCAGGCCAAGAAGGAACGCAAGUUCCCGAAGACCUUUCUGCCCCGGCCCAUAAAGGGCUUCAGUCUGCGAAGCCUCGGCCUCAAGAAAGGCUCCAAAGCAGGACAAACCUCCCGCAUACCGGUCAGCCGAAGCUGUGAGGAGUUGGACGACCCCCAGGAGAACCCUGAGUCUUGGAAGCGCUCGCAUUCUCUGGGGGAUAUACACUGGGAGCAGGCCUUCGAUCAAAGGAAGGACCAGUGUGGCAGUGAGGAUAGAGGCAGACCGGAGAUCAACAAAAAGCAAGUGAAGACAGAUCCUGUAGAAUCAAAACAGGACCAGAGUUGUGUUGGAAGAGAGACGGGCUCGCUACAGAGGCCUAUGGUUCCCACACAGCUUCCUCUCAGCCUGGUCAGUCAAUUGCCUGCUGGUCAGAUUUCAAACCGCCAACCUGUCUCUGCCCCAACUAGCCCAGCACCACGGACUCACCCUAAAAAGCCGCCUGUCCCACCUCCUGUGCCUGCUAAAAAGUCCAAAGAACGUAUGCCGAAUGGUCUGCGCCACCCUCCACUGGUGCUGUCUGGUUCGGUGCCAAAUACCCCAACCCUACCCCCAAAACCUAUAUACACCCCAACCACUCCCUCUGAGUGUUCUCCAUCAACCCCAGUAUCACCAGGUGAAUCUCCUGUAGCCCUGAAUCCACCCUGGCUGUCUGACCUGCCUGAAUCAGCAUGUCCUCAGAUCCACGGUGCUAAAGUCACCCUCAGCAGGAAGAUCUCCCAUGCCAAAAUGCUUGACCUUGAGACUCUGCUGGAGGACAGGAUGCACUCGGAAGGGAUUGAUCUCACCGAAGAGCCAUACUCCGAUAAACACGGCCGAUGUGGUAUUCCUCAACUCUUAGUACAGAGGUACUCAGAGGACUUCCAGCAGCCAGUAAAGGACGUGGCGUCCAGUCUGGAUCAGAUCAGAGUUAAACAACUCCGCAAGGAGCACCGCAUGGCUAUUCCCUCGGGAGGUUUGACUGACAUGUGUCGGAAGCCAGUGUCUCCUGUUCAUGUGAGUUCUGUGUCUGAUUGGCUAGUGUCGAUCGGAAUGCCCAUGUAUUCUGCUCCUCUAUUGGCUGCAGGCUUUGACACGCUGGGUCGCGUUUCGUCCUUAAACGAGGCAAGAGCGAGAGAAGCUGGCCUGAAGGAGGACCAUCACAUACGUAUUCUUCUCAGCGAAGCCCAAUUAGUCACAGCCAGCAGCUCAGGACAGUCAUAAUAGUAAUAUGAGCUAUUAUGAACUAGAAUAAAUGGAUCAAACUCUUCUGCCAGGUGAAGGGACAGACCUGGACAACAGCUGCCGAAUUUUUCCCCAACAUUUUUGUCUUAUAAUCUCAAGCCUUUUGGCAUUUACAGAAAUGACAGAUCUGGCUUCCAAGGACUGUUAUUGUGGGCCUAUCAACAGAUAGUUGUUUUGGCCUGAAAGGACCGCCUGUCGAAAGAAAGCACACCUUUUUUCUGAAAAUUUAUGCUUUUGUAUGAAUUUAAAGACUGUUCUGAAACCUUCCUCGCUUUUUCAGGAAGAGUGAGAUUUAUUUAGAAAAAAAACUGUAAAGGAAAAAAAGGUUUUGUGCUUAUUGAAGCACAUCGAUAUCAAGAGUAUGUCACCUGGCCAAAGCAAUGUCAUUUCAUGCAGGUUUUGUUAAUAUAUUACUUUAUCUUUCAAAGCAUACAGUAUGUAUAUGAGGUGAGUCAAGUAAAAGGGUGUUUCUAAAAUUCCCAAAAGCAUGAUGUUGCCAUAUGGGGAUAUUCAGAGCAAUGCAUAUUUUGAUUUCAGGCCAAUAGUUGGUCACGGUUUUAGCAAGUAUGUACUAUGUUUGUACAAACCGUUUCAUUUGUUUCUUUCUUCGUGGCUACAUUUCAGCGUCACUCCUUAUAAUACGCUUAAUAUAAUACUACUUUAUACAGCACAUUUAAUCUUCCCAGUCUUCUAAACACACAAUAUUCAACACUUACUCGGCUGUCGCGGCAUAUCAGAGUUUAUUACUGUAUCAAUAUGUUGCCUGUUAUCUUGAAAAUUAUACUCAUGCAUAUUGUUUACCUCUCAUUAUACUCAUCUCUGAUGCGACUGAUGCAUCACACAGCUGUAAUAUUCUUGCUGGAGUGAAAUGUGUACAGGUGUGUGUUUAGUUUUUCUUAUGCCCCAGAUUGCCUUGCACUUUGACUGGGGUGUUGAAGACAUUUUGAAUCUUAGAAAAAGCCUCAAGCUCUUGAAAGCACACAGUCUUAGCCUUAAAAUACAAGUCAAUCAAAUCAAAACUGAUAAUGAAUAACUUUGAGGAGUGUUCUGACACUAGUGACCUACACAGACUCAGCCAUGAUUUAAAAAUUGGGAAGAAAGAUCCAUGAAGCAUCAUUUAUUUAUAGAUUUGUCAAGUGAAAGUCAGUCACAUUUCUUCACUAGGCCUGAUUUACAAUUAUUUUUUUGUAUUAUUUUUGAACACAAUGCAAAUGACACGUGUGUUUCAGGGAGAAUAUGGUGUUAUGUGGUAACUGGGGAUGGACACAACUUUUCUUACUCACAUCUGGCAUUGGGGAAAGAACAGACUCGCUUCUAAAUGAAAAUUGAGCGUGAAGUACAAGGGUAGCUGACGUCAUUUGGGCAUUAGUAUGACGUCAUUACAGCUCACAAAUUUAAAGCAUCACAUUGCUCCAAAUGAAGCACAAUGAAGAGAGUUUCUCCCACAAUCACUCUCAGGCUGUUUUUGAUUGAGCGGCUGAGGUGAGAAUUCAGCUUGUUUCAGUACAUUCAGAUGCUUUUAAAGAUCUUUCGGUUUUCAAGUUAAAGAAAGACACCAGUCAUGCUUCCCCAAGGCCUUGCAGUUUUAGGAAAUGGUGUCUUUUUGAACGCUCACUUUAGAAUUGUAUUUCUCCCUCAUGCCAUUUACUCUUGUAUGUAAUGCAGCACAAUUUAUAGACCAUAACGCUCAAGAUUUUAAUGAACAUUUUAAAUAGCAGUAGAGAAUCGAUAGAUUCCUUUAUAUCAGAAUGGUUGCCUUCAGAUUGCUAUCAGAAGAGUGCUUUGAUAACAAUGAGGCUUUUUAUGUAUUUAAAAUCAAAAAUAUAUUUCAUGAAAUGUUACUGUAAAAAAUGCACUUUAUUAAAGAAUGAAAAUUGUUUUUUAACUCCAUUGUGGAGAAAAUGAGAUUACAAAUCGACACAUUUACAGUUUUUUUUAAGAUGUUUGUUUUCAGGUCAAAUGUUAAUGGUUGAGUUGAGCUGUUUAAAUAUCAAAUCUGUUAAAAAUAUAAUCACUUGUUAAUUAAUUACAGAACUAACCUUGACCAGUUAAUUAUUUCAACUUAAAUGAUAUAAAACUGGGUCUUAAUUACAUAUAUGAAAUGAUUAACUGAGGUUGCACAUUCUGUAUAUGUAAUUGAUAUUUAAAUAACUUAUUUUUGCUUUUACAUUAAAUGUAAUUAUUAGCUGUAUUAUACAUCAUAGAGCAAUACUCUUUCACCUAUAGUUAGCAAGUGACAUGCUCCAGUGACCAUUGUAAAAUACAUGUAUAAAGAUGAUUUUAUCUGGUUUCAGUUCGCUAAUGAUUGUCCAUAAAGGUUUUGCUUGUGUAUUUACAAACAAAAAUGUCUUAAAAUAUUUGUCCCUUUGAGGUGUAAUAAAAAAAAAGAAUAUCCUA